AUGUCCCAGGUCACCGAUAGGAUUGGAAAAGUUCUCAGGAAACACAACAUCAAAACAAUAUACAAACCUACCCGGAAAAUAAAGGACUGCUUGAGACCAGCCAAAGAUAAAAGGGUACCAUUAUCCUCUACAGGGAUCUACCGUAUACCUUGUUCCUGCGGUAGCGUAUACAUUGGAACUACCAAACGCUCAGUAGGAACGAGACUUACGGAACACAAGAGAAGCUGCAGGUUAGGGCAAACAGACAAGUCGGCCGUAACAGAACAUGCUCUAAGAGAUGGUGACCACAAAAUCCAGUUCGAAGACACCCAAGUCAUUGCCACAACAUCUGGAUAUCAUCCUCGUCUGGUCAGGGAAGCUGUUGAAAUUCACAAACAUCCAAAUAAUUUCAACAGGAAGGAAGAAACUCUCUACCUAAACAGAAUUUGGCAUCCAGCUAUAUCUAGGACCAAGGUAGCAGUACAGAGAAGUAGACCAGUUCCGGAAGAACCACCACCGGAACAAGCCACGCCCCUUCCGCCGAGGCAUAAAUACGCGCUACGCCGACGCGGAGGCAUCAGUCUAGUGUGA